AUGAACACUAGGAGAGCAAUUGGUAAGAUGAGAGAAGGAGCAGUUGCUGGGGACAAUCAAGUUCCACCCCAGGCUCCAGUUGAAGGAGUAGCCAUGCUUGUUAACCCUACUGGGUUGACUGACGCUGAGGUGAGGGCAUCUCUUUCCCAGAUGGAACAGGCCAUCACUAUGCAGGCUCAGGCCAUAACUGACCAAGUCAACCGGCAAAAUGUUCAAAGGGAGAACCCACCGAUUCGUACCAUGGAUGACAUACUGAGUGACUUCACGAGGAUGAAUCCUCCUAUUUUCACAAUGUCUAAGACUUCAGAGGACCCCCAGGAGUUGGUGGACAGAGUGCAUAAGAUCUUGGUGGCUAUGGGGGCCAGCAAUACUGAGAAAGAAGAGUUCAAUUCCUAUCAACCCAAGGAUGUUGCACAGAGUUGGUUCAAGAUGUGGAAGUAUAGUCGAGCUUUGGGCGUAGUUCUGAUCACUUGGGAGCUUUUUAAUACAGCCUUCCUGGAGAGAUUCUUCCCCAGGGAGAUGAGGGAGGCCAAGGUUGAGGAGUUUAUCAACCUUAAACAGGGAUCGAUGACAGUCAAUGAGUAUUCCAUGAAGUUUUUGAAAUUAUUGAGUUAUGCCACUUCUCUUGUGUCUAACAGCAGAGACGAGAUGUUUAGAUUCUUGACAGGGAUUGCUGAGGAUCUUGAGGAGGAGUGUAGGGCAGCUAUGAUGCAUGAAAGUAUGGACCUUUUGAAACUUAUGGUCCAUGUCCAGCAAGUGGAGGAAAGAAGAAAACACACUAGGCCACGAAACAGGUCAAGGAAUUUUGCAAUGAAGAGUAGUACUAAAAUCAGGGAUAAACCCAGGUUUAAGAAGGGACUCUCCCACAAAGGGGAGUAA